AUGGCUCUGCAAGUGAAAGCUCAACCCCACCCCAAACACAACUACACCCUUUCCCUACACUACCACAACUCCAUAUGCAUCCCCAACGCUACCACAACUACACCAGAAACACCAACACAACCAACCACAACACCAUCCUACGAUAUACCUAAUCCCAGCACCAUCCUACCCCAACCCCACCCUACCCCAACCCCACCCGAAGACCAGACCAUUGAAACCCUAUCCCUAACUCCAUCCCUUUCCCCAAUCUACUACAACCCCAUAUAUGCAUCCCUAACACUACCACAACCACACCAGAAACACCAACACAACCAACCACAACACCACCACAACACCAUCCCACCGACAUACCCUAAUCCCAGCACCAUCCUACCCCAACCCCACCCGAAGACCAGACCACCGCAACCCUAUACCCCAACUCCCUUCCAGCCCUUCCUCACCCAUCCAUCCUUCCCCUUCCAUCCAGUCUGCCUGGAUUUGAAUGUUUGGGGGACGAAUCACAAACGAUCAACGACGCACAUGUCAUGCACUUCGCACUUCACCAAAACUAGGUCGCAGUCAUGA